AUGGAUCGCCCGCUCAGCCCUUCCAUCUGGUACGCUGCUCUGUUCGCAGGGCUCGUAGCGUUCCUCGUUCUCUGUUUCAGCAUUCGCCUAGCCCUCCGAUGGCUGGCUGCACCUGUAACAGAUGCCAUCCUCAGGUAUCUGGUGUAUUCUACGACGAGCGUCUUCGGGCUAUCUAGCUGGCGCGUCUCAGCAAAAGAUGUGCUGUUCGCUGUGCUGUAUGUGAGCGCCAACGGAGUUUGCAUGGGCUGGGGCGUGAACACCGCCGAAGAGCUAAGCCGCCGGUCCGCUUCGAUGCUCGCGACGAAUCUCGUCCUCCUGCUCCCCGGUGCCAGCAUAGCCGCCGAUAUUCUGCACGUAUCGUUGAGAACAUACCAUCAGACUCACAGCAUAGUCGGCCUGGUCGCUCUGAUCGAAGCUUCUAUCCACGCCUGUCGUGAACUCACCGCACGCAGGUGGACUGGCGAUGUCAACACGAUAAGCGGGACGGCGAUGUUCGGAUGCCUCGUGCUGAUGAGUGUCGCUUCCCUGCCCGCCUUCCGUCGCCGUGCGUACGAGAUAUUCCGGGUGAUUCACUUUGGCUGCUCUACGUCGAUAUGCAUAUUGCUAUGGCUCCACGUCCCCCAAGCGAACAAAUCUGGGCGAGCUCACGUCAUCGUGGGGACGUGUAUAUGGGCAGCGACCUACGCGCACAGAAACAUCCUCCUCGUCUAUCGCAACUUCUCAGUGAGUAAGCCCAGCACCCGCAUCCAGGUGGAGAGCGUGCACAACAGUCUCCAAGUCAAGGUCAGGCUCCCUAGGCCCUGGAAGGUCAGGCCCGGUCAGUAUGUCUACCUUACCAUGAUAAGGUCUGGAUUCUUCUCGAUCCUCCAGCGCCACCCGUUCAUGGUGGCAGGGUCGGAGGCACAGGACCACGACUUCCAGCUGCGCAUCCAGCCGAGGGCUGGCUUCACGAGUCGACUCUUGACGCGGACCCUUGGCGGAACGAGGGAGUUUAGCGCUUUCAUAGAAGGGCCCUACGGACACGGAUUCGACUUGCAGAACUUUGGCACGGUAGUUCUGUUUGCGAGCGGGAUUGGAAUCGUCGGCCAUCUUGCGUACAUCCAGAAGCUCGUGCUCGACUAUCGGCAGUCCAAGACCAAGACCCGAGAUCUUCUCGUGGUCUGGCACGUGGACAACAAGUACCAGCUGGACCUGGUGUGGGAGGUCAUGAACGACGUGCUGAGGAGAGACGAUCUUCCGGCGACUGCGAUGCGCCGAGAUGCACGCGCUCCCUACGGAAGCGGAAAGAUGGACCGACACUUGGGCAGCAGCAGUAGCAGCACCAGCGAAAGCCCAGGCUUACGACCUGCGCCGCACGGAGAGAAUGCAAGUGUUGCAGCAUGGCCAUCUAAUGUCACUAAGCGCUAA